AACAUUAAUCUGUUCACAAACUAUUAUUUUGAAAUGAGACCUACUUAGAAUUUAGAUCUAUCUAGAGAUUCAAAGUAAAAGCCAAAUCUAUCUAGAUUAUUCUAGAUCUAUAUUGUAGAAUCAAAUCACACUGUAAUAAUUUUGAAGUGAUGCUUAGUAUUUAACAAUGGCUGUCCCACCACCUGACCAGAUUUGUGUUAUGGACCAGCCAAUGACAGAUGGAGAAGUCCCAGCUGCACGAUGUUUAAACCACUGUCUUUCUCCAACAUCUUUAGCCCUACGACUAGAGAGUGAAGAGGGCAUAGACUGUUAUGGAAAUGAACGUGAAGCACUCACAGAGCAAGGAAGAUUUUACAACAAUAAACUAUUGAGUGAUAUCACACUACAGGUGGAGAAUGAGAAAUAUUUUGCUCACAAGUUAGUCUUAGUUAGAGCAUCUCAGGUCUUUGAGAAGAUGCUAACCAGUCGACAGUGGGAGACUUACAAAGAAAAAGAAAUCAAACUGGUUGAAGAUGGCGUGUGCGUUGGUGUUUUCCCAAGAUUCCUCAACUUUUUAUACAGCUGUCAUAUCAAACUGAAUAUUGAAAAUACUCUGCCAGUUCUUAUUUUAGCUGACAAGUACAAUGUCAUUGAUUUGCGCAAUGUUUGCCUAGACUUUGCUUGUUACUACAUCAUACCUAAGGUGCAGCUAAAAGAUGUGUUUCACGUCUGGUUUCAGUACGCUACUAAAUGUUACCAUCACCAGUUGACCAGAGCUUGUGUUCAGGCACUGGCGUUGAAAAUGGAUGAAAUAAUUAACAGUGCUGAAUGGGAGGCAGAAUGGCUCAGUCUAGAUAAAGAACAACUGAUUGAAAUCAUGAGCUCUUCCUGUCUCGUCAUCAAAGAUGAAUAUGACCUUUGGCAGGCUGUCAUGAAGUGGCUGUCUGCCUACAAAGACUCCAAGCAUUUAAAUAACCAACAGUUUGAAGUUGUCCUGACCAGUGUGUUACAAACUGUAAGACUACCAAUGAUGACGCCUGACCAGUUAACGCAGUUGGAAUCUCUGAGCUUAGUGGAGCAGCACAAAGAUAUCUUCCAACCGCCUUUACUGCUGGCUUAUAAAUAUCAUGCCCUACCACUGUCAACACGUGCUCGGACAAAGGAGUUCACCACAAGCUCUUUCCUCUUGAGAAACUACACCAACCUUCGGUGGGACAAGAGAAUAAUCAUUCCACGUCUGUCAAGUGUGCAAAAAGGCACAGAGGUUGGGGUGAGAUUCUCCACCAGGGCUUCCUCCUUCCCUGCUCAGACCUGGGACUGGGAGUUGAAGGUGUAUCCAAAAGGCUCCACAAACAGCCCUGAAGAUUUCAGAAUAUUGCUGUAUUCCAAUGUUAUCCUAGAACAGCCGAGGGCAGUGGAGUACUACCUGGCCAUCGCUAAUGGCCAACAGCUGCUGCAUUCUGUGUGCGGGAAAAAGAACUUCUCCAAGGCUCGCUACUCUUCCGAUACAGAGAUGGAUAAGAAAGUUACAGUAAGUGAAGUGUUUCAGCAACAGUCCCCCUUUGUUGUUGAGGACUCGUUAAUCUUGCAGAUCAGUUUGAAGCCAGCUGAUUAAGCUCUAUACAGAGUUAAAAUGGGUGCUAUUUCUGUCAAAUUAGAGUCAAGACACAAUUAACAUACUUUGGGAGCUAGUUAACAUUUUUAAAACAAUAUUUUGACUGUUUGGGCUUCCUUUCAUAAUUGAUUCAAAACAUCAUGUCCAAAAAAAAAAUAAAUAAAUAAAUACUGCAAUUGUUAAUCUUAUGAUUUUGAUUGUGAACUUUAACUUGCACCAAACUGAUUCAUUUUCUUAUUUAUACUUCUCUACUAAACAGUGCUUUUCACAUAGUGCAUAGUGUUGUUUUUUUAUUAUUUUUAUUCUGAUUUGUAAUCAUUUUUUUUUCCAAAGAAACUUGUUUAUAAAAAACGUUUUUCAAGAAAUGUAUUUAUAAUUAUAGUUUAUAUUUAUUUAAGAGGAUUGUAUAAUAAUAGCUUACAGAUUUAAUAGAAUAGAAAUUACAAAUAAUAGAUUUUUUCUUAUGAUUCCAUUAAUGGGUCUACAUGACAUGACUUGUUUUCAAAUUUUUUUUUUCACUUAAGUUUCAAGCUAUAAAAAUCAAAUCUAUACAGGGCUAAUUUAAGCGCACAGUUUAUUUAUUCAUAUAGAGCUCUUUAUAAUUGCAAGCUACUGCAUCUAUAUCAAAAUAUAAAUACUGUAACUUGUUCCUUGUACAGGUUUUAUUUAUACUACAUACUUAUGUUGUUGUUUUGGUGAUACAAAAGCUGUACUUGUCAUGAGUCAUUGGGUAUUUAUGUGUGAUAGUUUCCUCAUCACAUUUAUCUCCACUUGUGCAAUGGUAUAGUCUCAUUCUUUACACUUUGUGUGUUUGUGGAUCCUUUACAACCAUGGAUACAUUCAAACAAAAUCUCUUCUCAAUUUAUGACAAUGUCAACAUGUAUAUUGGCCACGUUUUACAAAUAUGUUUGAAACGUAUACUUUUUACCUUUUUUGUUCUUGUCUACCAAAAACAAUUUUUAUACAUUCUAUAUUUUUUUAUAUUCAGCUGACCUUUGAUGAUAUUAAAUUCUUUUUUUUUUUUUUUUUUAAAUAUGUGAUUGACAAAACAUUUCAGCUUUCUGCAAAAAAAAAAAAAGACCAAAUAAAUGUUUAUGCUGCAGGUCAGCUAAAUUAAAUUGCAGAGCUUUAUGUCAUAGUAUUUUUGCACUUUUGCAUCAGGUUAUGUAUUCUAUACAAUGUUUGAUGAAUGGAUUAUCAUUGUAGCUGUUGAUAUCAAACUGAGGGUUUACACAAUUCAUGCUUUCAAUAUUUAUGGGGCAAUUGUUGUAUUAUAUUCUUUAAAAAAAGCUUUUUUUCUUUGUAUAACUCCUGCUAAGCCACAAUGAUUUAAUAUUUCACAUCACUGUUUCAAGAUUAAAGUUUCUCCUGCAAGUAAUUUUUAUUAAUUUACAAAAUUAAUGUUUCACAUUCACAAUCUAGUCUACCAAUCAGAAAAUGUUGAUGUUGCAAUAAAAAAACAAAUAAAGAAUAAAUAUUCUAGUUUGUAAUUCACCAUAGAUUUUUAAAAUAAAAAUUAAAGCAAUAAUGCAAACAAGGACUUUUUUUUUUUCUAGUUGGACUGAUUUUUAAUUUUUAUUUUAGAAACAUAAGUUUCAAAAUGUAUAGACUUUUCAAACAUUAUUACCUGACUUAUUUCUAAAGUCUCAGUUCAAAAAAAUGUCUCAAACAUCUAAUCAUCACAGGAUGAACCUCCUGGUUAAUAGAUUUUUUUUUAGCCAAGAUAAUUUAGCAGUAAAGAAAGAAGUUUGUUAUAUAUCAUUGGAUAAGUUCUUCAGUAUCAAUGAAAUUUAUGUUUUGCAUUCCUUCUCUUUUUUAUCUUCAAUUUCAUUUAGCUUUGGUUGAAAGAUUCUGUUUUAUGGCAACUUGGAUAUUGACAUUUAAAUAUCCAGAGUGUUGUAUUAAGUACAAUGUUCCUUUGUUUACUUUUUCUCUUUAUGCCUGUAUAUUCAUUUUUGUUCAAUAUGCUUUGGAUAACAAUUAUUAUCUAUAUUAGAAUGGUUGGAAAGUGGAUGCAGUCAUAAAAAGAAAAGUAAAGUUUCCCUUUCAGACCUUGUGGUCUAUAGGGCAGAUACUGUAAAGGUCAUCUUUUUCUGUGGCCUACGGUUAACAAGGGUGUCAUGUGGCCAGUACAAUGACCAACUGCCUUUACUUUUCCCCAACUUAUGUCAGAGACCUUUUAGAGCUGGGUGGAUUCAGAGGUGCCUGAAGAUCCCGAAAUUAAAACUCCCAGGAUUUGGUCCGCGGUUCGGAAGCCAAGCACUUUACCACUCAGCCACUGCACGUCCUGGAUGCAUUUAUACAGAUUGCAUAUCUAGUAUAGUGAAUCUGCCUUUUGGAUGUUAUUGUCUAAUAACUUCUGCAACUUUGCCUGUUUGAGAUAAUUGUUUUGGUCUUCAAAGCAUUGUGUUUGCAUGUUUUGAUCAAGUUCUUUUACUUUGUAUCAUUAUUUGGAUGUUUAUUCAGUCGACUCUAUGACUGUUUACCACUGAGUACAUUUUGGAUGUUCAAAGUCAAAAUUGACAUUUUCUUUCAAAUGUUUUUGUUUAUGAUUCUAUUUUUGGUGGUUAGCUUUGGUUGUUGCCUUUGUUUUUGUUUUUUAAUUCUGUAAAUAAAACAAGUCUUUUUUUUUUUUUUGUCAGUUUAAAUUUAAAUCCUUUUUUUUUAAUUGUCUAUUUAAGUGAUGACCUAGUUUGUUUGUUUUGCUUAGUUUUUUUCAUUAAGGUACAGUCUUUCUUUCAUUAAUUCUGUCAAGUAUUGCUGUAUUUUGUCAAAUUUACAUUUUCAUGUAAUUAGAUAAUUUAUUCUUAAUGGAUUAAGUCAUUUUUAUUCAUUAUCAGCAACAACUUACAUUCUAACUAAGAAAAAAGAGUACAUGUACCUAAAGCAUGUCCACAACUGUGAAACUUUAGAUUUCUAGACACCUGUAAUUUCUUAAUCCUUGCUCAAAUUAUCUAGAUUUCUGCAGCAGUAUCUCUGUCCUAUUAUUGUAGUGAUAUAACAAUAGAGGUCAAAGUUUAUAUUUAAUUUUGUGGACAGCUGAGUUUCUCUCUCUUUUUUUUUUUUACGCAAAACUUAUUCAUUACAUCUGUGGUUUUAAUGAAAAAAUAUCUUUAAUUACCCAGUUAUUCCUGUAACCCCAGGGUAGCAUAGGGCUGAAACCAUACCUCUCCAUAUUAGUCUACGCAAUCUUAAAUGGUGAUACAUAUAGGUGUUAAACAUUUAGUGAUAACAGCACAUUUAUUAAUACUGGUUCUUUAGCACAUAGAAGUAAUUACAUACAUGUACUCUUAUUUUACAUGUAUUUUAGUAACACCUUAAGCUGGAUCUUUCAGCAGAACUUGUACACUGUAUUCAAAUGUUAUGUUGUUAUUUUGGAGCAUAUCUAAUUGUCUCACUUUUAAAAUGGUAAAGCCUUUUUCAUUUGGCAGUUUUAAAAAUACUGUAGACAUUUUGUUUUGUUGCUUUCUGAUUUAAAUUUGAUUGGAUUUACACAAUUGACAUUCCUUUUUAAUCUUUGUGAAUAAACGUGGGGAAAUUGA